AUGGGUCAGCUGUUCUCCUCUCCGAAGAAUGAACAGAACCAAGAUUUGGCCUCCAGCUUUACUGAGUAUUUUAAGAAAUUUAAUACAGGAAACAAAACCAUUCCUCAGGAAAUCAUUGCUUCGAUUGAAUUAAGCAUGACAAAAGGGAACAUACAGGAGGCAAACUCUGCAAUCAGUGAUGCAUUAAAAGAAAUUGAUAAUAAGCCUCUCAAUGUUGCCAUCAUCGGGGAGUCUGGAUCAGGGAAGUCCAGCUUCAUCAAUGCCCUGGGAGGAAUUGGGCAUGAAGAGAAUGGUCUAGCUAACACUGGGGUAGUGGAGACAACCAUGGAGAGAUAUCCAUACAAACACCCCAAUAUGCCCAAUGUGGUUUUCUGGGACCUGCCUGGGAUUGGAACCACAGAAUUCCCAACAAGUACUUAUCUGGAGAAAAUGAAGUUCUAUGAGUAUGACUUCUUCAUUAUUAUUUCAGCCACACGCUUUAAGAAAAAUGAUAUAGACCUCGCCAAAGCAAUCAGCAUGAUGAAGAAGGAAUUCUACUUCGUGAGAACCAAGGUGGACUCUGACUUAAGAAAUGAAGAGGAGUUCAAACCUCAAACUUUUGACAGAGAAAAAGUCCUGCAGGCCAUCCGCCUUAACUGUGUGAAGCACUUUCAGGAGAAUGACAUUGCUGAGCCACCGAUCUUCUUGAUCUCUAACAGAAAUUUUUGCGAAUAUGAUUUCCCAAACCUGAUGGACAAAGUGAUAAGUGAUCUCUCUGUAUACAAGCGACACAAUUUUAUGCUCUCCUUACCCAAUAUUACAGAUUCAGCCAUUGAAAAGAAGCAACAAUUUCUGAAGCAGAGGAUUUGGCUCGAGGCCUUUGCAGCUGACCUACGGGGUAUCAUCCCUUCACCGACCUUCUUCUUGGAAAGUGAUUUGAAGACUCUGGAGAAAAGCAUGAAGUUCUAUCGCACUGUGUUUGGAGUGGAUGAUGCAUCUUUGCAGAGUUUGGCUAGGGACUGGCAAAUGCCGGUGGAUCAGGUGGAGGCCAUGGUGAAAUCUCCUAACGUGUUCAAACCUACAGAUGAAGAAACAGUACAUGAAAGGCUUACAAGAUAUUAUCAGGAGUUCUGUUUGGCUAAUGGGUAUUUAGUUACUAAAAAUCAUUAUCUUAGAGAAGUAUCUUACCUGAAAUUUUAUUUCCUUGACAUAGUGACUGAGGACUCUAAAACUCUUCUCAAAGAGAUAUGUUUAAGAAACAAGCUGAUUUCUGAUUAGGCUGAAGUCCUGUGUCUGUCAAAAAAUCAGAAUCAAUGACAGAAAAAUAGGACACUGAUACAGUAAAACAAUAUACUGGGUUUAUUCAGGCCAUUCAGGUGUUAUCCACAUUAAGUGAUUAUAUAUCCACAUUAGCAAGAGGAUCACAUAUGUAUAAAUAAGCUGAUAGCUAAAAACUAUCUCCUCACUUUGAGUAAACUCUCAGAUCAAGUAAUUUUACUUAUAUGUAAAUUUGUUUAAUAUAAAUCGACAUUCAUAUUCAGGGUUAGCAUUGUGAUGGUUAGUAUUGUCAACUCAACAGACUCUAGAGUCACAUGAAAGAUGAGUCUGUAGGCU